ACUAGCCGUAGCUUCCGAGGACGGAUCUUUCACAGACCAAGCUGUUAUUUUCGAAGGAGAUCUUUUUGCUUCAGAUACGCAACCUGGUACAGAACAAGAAACGCAAGAUAAUGCCGAACAUGUUGUUGAGGCUCCAUUCGUCCCUCCAAAAAUGAGGAGAACAUGGAACAAGGCAUAUGAACAGGUGAGCGUAGUGCCAGGUGAGUGAUACAUGCUUGACCACGGGGGUUCUUUUCAAUAUGCUAUUUACCAUGUAGAUAGCGCCAACCGCCCUCCACCUCCACCUGAGCGUGUAUCAGUCGGUAUCCAGGCUCAGCCAUCAUGGGCAGUGAGUUCGGUCCAGGCAGUUCCAACAACAUCUCCUAUUCAAAUUGGACAACACUUAUCACUUCCGGAGGACAAAGAAGAUUUGAGCCUCGAUACAUGCCAGCCGGAGGUAGUGGGACUAUAUUCUGCUCCUCAAAAAUUAUCUGUAUCUCCGACUCUCAAUGCUACUAUAAUGGACGAAGAUCGUGAACGUAGCUUGUCACCAAUGAGUUUGGGCUCUCUGUCUAGCACUCCUCCCCAAACUCCAAUUAUCGAGCGCAUACCGAAUGUUUUUAGAGUUCAAAGUCCUGUAACAGAACCUCCAAAAAGCUCUCAAGACAGCGGGGAUACUAGCAGUUUACCUGCAGAACCUAGCACUCCCACUUCUGAGACUGCUGACAUGGAUCUUCAGUCCUCUCCUAGUUCUACAUCUUCCUCAUCAUCUGAUAUACCUGGUCUGGUAACUGGUUUAUCAUGGCGCGCACCCGCGCCACCUCAGCGACCCAUGGAACCUGGGCUGGAACAGUCAGAUUCACCCCCGAAAACAAUUAUUCCUUCUAUUCCGUCUGUACAAUCCUCUACACAGCCCUCUAUCUCUGAGCGAACCCCUCCUCCGAAAGAGUCUCCACCUUCUGCGGUGCCUCCUGCCGUCAAUAAACUUGCAACUCUGCCUCCAAAACUCACUAUAUGUGUUCCAAAGAGACCGACGAUCGUCAAUCCAUUCGUUUCCGGUGGAUUUAUGACAGAGUUUGUUGGAUCGCCUGCAUCGCUCACUGCUCAAAAAUCGCUACCACCGAAGUCUCGCACUGGCUCACCGAACAUGUCUGAGGCACAGUCAACUCCUACACCUAUCUCAAUGCCUGCACCUCCACGUUCGAAUCCUCCACUUCAAGCACCUAUGUUCGUUCCUGCUUCUUCCACUGUAUCCACUUCUCUGUCCCCUUGCGCACCUUCACCUCAGUGUUCAACACAGCCUUCCCCCCCACCUCCACCAGUGCCUGCAAGACUAUCUGCUCAAGAGCAACGUCUUCUUGCAGCCCCCUUACCUCCAACCCCUCCAUUUGUGCCUCAGCCUCCACGAACUCAACCAUACCCCAGUUCUUUACCCCCUCGUCCGUCAGAAACUGUGAUCGCUUACUCCAAUAAGGCGCCUUACAAGCCCGUUUAUUCACCUUUAACGUCAGCCAGCGAUGCGAGAACAUCCUAUAAUGCUACUGGAACAAUAUCUAAUCCUUUGAACAUUCGUCCUUCACGAUUUGCCCCUAUUAAAGCCACUCCAAUCCAGUCUCAGCAAGCACCGAAGAAACCAUUGACAAUUGGUAAUGGCUGGCCACACACGCGACAGGCUAACGGACAUGGCUCUACGUCUAUAUCCCCUGUGACAUCCAAGGCUUUACCGUCACUUACAGGUGCUCAUCGACCCCUCACGCCUGAGAGCACUCGCUCGUCAACAACACCCCCAGGUUUAUCAAAUUUUGUCGCAUAUACCUCCCCAUCUCCUCCUGGUUUUUUGCACAAGUCACUAAGGGAUAUGCCACCAACAGACUCUCCAUCCAGUUCCGGCGAGCCCAGCGUCAAACACGAAUACAUGGACGUUCCAUUACCACCCACGCCUACGACAACUGUGAAGCAGAAAAUUUCAAUACAGUCGCCACGACCUGUGUUGCCUGCUUCAGCCACAUCUCCCAAUAUUCUCCGAUUUUCCCUCGAGUCCAACAGUGCGACGCCGCCGUCCGACAGCAAAGGCAAAAAACGAGCAAUGUCCGUAGCGUCUGAUGCAGAAAGCAUGCGUCCGCGGAAGCGCACGCAUCCCUGGCCCACACAAGAAAGUAUGUACUCCACACGGAUCAAGAGUGAUAGCGAUGCUGGCGUCAGAGAGAUCGUUUUCAGCUCAGACGGUGAACGUAUGGCUGUCGUAUGUCAUGACCGAACAAUCCGAAUAUGGAGUGUAUCAAGUCGAGUCGAAACUGCUCGUCUUGCGCAAAACUCACCAAUAUCAUCUGUUGCUUGGAUGGCGGAUGACAAUGGUAUCAUCACGCUGGGACAAGAUGGUAUGAUCAGUAAAUGGACGCGAAACAACCAGAAUCAUUGGCAAUGGGCAAAGCUUCUCGAUGCGGGGAAGGAGGAAUCCAUCAGCUUCACCUACAACAGGGAUCGCCUUGCUGUUGCAUUUCCUCGCUUCGGUGUGAGGGUGUGGCUAUGGAUCAAAGGCACAUGGCAACCACAGCGGUCCAUUCUUCGACAAAAUGUGACGUGUAUCAAGUUCGUCGAGGAUGGUGAGGCAUUACUUGGAGGCACCAGUGACGGCGUAUUAUGGUAUUGUCAAGUGCCCAACGGAACCCUCCGAGCAUACGCAUUUCUCAAAGCUAAAAUACGACACCUGGACGUUAGUCCGAACGGAACGCAGGCCCUUGUGUCUCAAGUGGGCGCUCGUGCUCAUCUUGUAGGCAUUCAAGGGAUGGAUCGCAAAGGUAAAAUUGAGCAGGUAUAUGCUAUAAACGGAGAUUCCACCAGUGACGCGAAACAAUCCACUCCUGCGGUGUUCGUCAAUGGUGGUCGUUCUGUAGUAUUCCAUAGCAGAGAGUCUUCUUGUUUGGUCUGGAACAAAAUGAAAGGCGAGGUCUUGUGUGGUCUGGAUCAUGGAGAUAAUGAGCAAACCCAGGCCGUCGCAGGCUUUGACCGUGCAUCUCAUUCAUACAUCGUCACGGGAACUGCACAAGGCCUAUUGUCGUGGUGGAACUCCCCUCCCGAUCAGUGACUUUCGCAACCUUCUUGAUUAAUUGGGUGAAACAUUCCUAAAUUCCCUCUGGAAGAAUGCGAUGUACCAGUACUUUGCAUGUGCAACCUGCGUAAAUUAUGAUAUGAGUGUUCUAUAAUUUUUGUAUGGACAUUAUGCAGCUACUAUCCGUUGUGGUGAUUUUAGGAUAAAUGAUUCGGAACCUUUUUCAUUGUGGACGGCGAAGACCAGAACCUCGAUAAGAAAUGAUAAUAGUAGUAGUGUUUGGCAUUAUUUGGCUGAUUAG